GGAGUUUUGCUGUAGUUCAUCUCCCCUCUUGCUCUUCCCCUCCCGUGAUCACCUACAAGCGCGGGCUUGCCCGCGUCUCGCGUCAUAGCGUUGAGUAUUUUCGGCCACGAAGGUCGUCCAUUUUUGUUAUUACGAAUAAACCAAAUAAGUUAAACCGAAUUUUAAUUAUAACUUGGCGUAAAUUAAAGAAAAAGAAUAUUAAAUUAGGCAGCAAUUGCUACGGAUUAUUAUAAACGGGACGAAUACCUAGAUAAGCAGUAUGUCGGAUCAUACAGAGGAACAGCUAAAAAGCGGCGACAGUAAUGGCGGUCAUACGCCGAAACGACAUCGGGAGAGGGAAGUCAAUAGUAGUAGUAGUGACUUAGGGCGUUCAAGAGCGCCUACUCUUCCUCCUCUUCCUCCUCGCAAGCGUCGUCGUUUCUCGUACACAAGCAGAGAGAUAAGGGCGCUACAUGAAAAGGUAGAGUUGCUUUCCGAUCUUUUGUUGCAGAGACCACACGCACCUGAGCCUCCAGUCGUGAGCGUGACUGCGACAGACCCACAGACAAGCGUCCUGAACUUAGGACAAUGCAAGACCGAGGUCGAUGCGAAGAAGCUGGUACAACAGGCGGAUCCCGAGAGCCUGAAAACUCUGUGCGAUCUUCAAAGAUUUGGUCUUCCAGAUUGGAAGGAAAUCAGGUAUUCUAACACUUUAAAAGAGUUCUUAGCGUCUCCAGGAUUUUCAGAACUAAAGGUGAACGAGGAGCUCUGUUACUUGGAUAGGGCCAAAGAUCCAGUGCUCUCAACGGAGCGGGUCCUGGCAGGCCUGUCAAAUGCGGUUUUAACGCAGAGCAGCAUUUUACAGAGCACACUGCAAGAUGUUACAGAUCAUUUGCGGUAAGAGAGCUUCGUGCAUCGAGGCAAGACGCGAGAGGAUAUUGACAGAGGCACCUAAUAAGCAAGUGCAGGGGGCCUUACGCAG